GACCCCUUGGUGUCUAAAGGGCAGCGAAAGUUUUGGCAGUACAAAGAGAAAAGACAUCACAGCCUGCUUCUGAGAAACUUUUAAAAAAGUGCAGGGAGGAUGAACACAUUAUCAUGGCAGAGAUAGUGGAGAGAUGGGACAAGCUCUUCGGUGUGCAGAGCCUUUCUCUUGUUCGAGGUGCCAAGGCCCAUAUAUGGCAAGACAUAGCAACACAGGUCUCGGCAUCUUCGAGUGGUAUAAGAGAUGGCGAGGACAUCAGCAAAAAACUGACUUACAUCAAACAGAGCUUAAGAACCAAAGUGGCUGCCCAGCGGACGUCCACCACACAGCCUGGCAGGGGAGAUAACACCACACUGGAACUCAACCUCCUGGAACAGACUGGCGGGGGAGACAACACCACACUUGAACUCAACCUCCUAGAACAGACUGGCGGGGGAGAUAACACCACACUGGAACUCAACCUCCUGGAACAGACUGACGGGGGAGAUAACACCACACUGGAACUCAACCUCCUGGAACAGACUGGCGGGGGAGAUAACACCACACUGGAACUCAACCUCCUGGAACAGACUGGCGGGGGAGAUAACACCUCACUGGAACUCAACCUCCUGGAACAGACUGACGGGGGAGAUAACACCACACUGGAACUCAACCUCCUGGAACAGACUGGCGGGGGAGAUAACACCACACUGGAACUCAACCUCCUGGAACAGACUGGCAGGGAAGAUAACACCUCACUGGAACUCAACCUCCUGGAACAGACUGGCGGGGGAGAUAACACCUCACUGGAACUCAACUUCCUGGAACAGACUGGCGGGGGAGAUAACACCUCACUGGAACUCAACUUCCUGGAACAGACUGGCGGGGGAGAUAACACCUCACUGGAACUCAACCUCCUGGAACAGACUGGCGGGGGAGAUAACACCACACUGGAACUCAACCUCCUGGAACAGACUGGAGGGGGAGAUAACACCACACUGGAACUCAACCUCCUGGAACAGACUGGUGAGGGAGAUAACACCACACUGGAACUCCACCUCCUGGAACUGACUGGCGGGGGAGAUAACACCACACUGGAACUCAGCCUCCUGGAACAACAUUUGUUGUCCCUGAUGGGUCAUGAAUGUGUGGAGGGUGUCGAUGCUCCUGAUGUUGGCUUUGGGCCAGAGCCACCUCUGGUGGAAAGUUCCGGCACCCUGUCACAGACCAAGGAGCAUGACACUGUGGACUCAGACACCAUCAGCAACGAGGGCAGCCACGAACACCAACAAGAGCCGCCUCCACUGCCUCCACUUCCAAAUGCAGGGGUCCACCUCCAUCUGGCCUCCAUCUUGGCAAGCAUCCUGAGCAGACAAGAGCCUCCCUACAAAAAAUAAAAUAAUAGUAACUUUUUUAGACAGAAAAUAACA